UCUCUUCCCGUUGCUGUUCUUCCUUCCACCUCCCUCCCGAGUCUUGGCUGCGGGGCUUCCUUCGGGGAAGCGGAGAGGCCGCCGCAUCUGAUUCCUCGAGCACACACACUCUUGCCCGGCCUAGCAUCAUGGGAGUGACUUGUGUGUCCCAGAUGCCUGUGGCUGAGGGUAAGAGUGUCCAGCAGACCGUGGAGCUCCUGACCAGGAAGUUGGAACUGCUAGGGGCAGAGAAGCAGGGGACAUUCUGCGUGGACUGUGAGACCUACCACACAGCAGCCUCUACCAUGGGCAGCCAAGGCCAAGCUGGGAAGCUGAUGUAUGUGAUGCACAACUCAGAAUACCCUCUAAGCUGCUUUGCCCUCUUUGAGAAUGGCCCCUGCCUUAUUGCUGAUGCAAAUUUUGAUGUGCUUAUGGUGAAACUCAAGGGCUUUUUUCAAAAUGCCAAGGCCAACAAGAUUGAGACCCGGGGCACCCGCUACCAGUACUGUGACUUCCUGGUGAAGGUGGGCACUGUUACCAUGGGACCCAGUGCUAGAGGCAUCUCUGUGGAGGUGGAGUAUGGCCCAUGUGUGGUGGCUAGUGAUUGCUGGAACCUGGUCUUGGAGUUCCUGCAGAGUUUCCUGGGCAGCCACAAUCCAGGGGCACCAGCAAUGUUUGGGAAUAGACACGACGGGGUGUACGGCCCUGCUGACACCAUGGCCCAGUAUAUGGAACUCUUCAACAAGAUUCGAAAACAGCAGCAGGUGCCUGUGGCUGGUAUCCGUUAGUGAGUGGGGAGCUGCAGAAUGAUUGGCGUUGCCAGUGUGACUCCACAGGAGACGAAGGUGCUUCAUCCCAGCCCCCCAACCCCUGGAACACAGGACAUAAAGGCCAGGCUUCUUGUCUUCCUCUGCACAUACAAAACUGGCUUUAUUGUGGGGCUUUGUACUCCCCUCACCAACACACACACACACAUACACAUACUGAGAUACCCUUCCCCCACCCCUGUGUACAGUGUUCAUAGGAUGAGCCUUGUGGCUCUUGAGCUCUUCUUGGGAGAAAAGAACUGGAUGAUUGAGAAGUUGGAGCUUUUUUCUCAUCUUUCAGGAAGAUAGGCCAGGGGGUGGUAUCCUUGACUUAGCAACUGCCAUCAGCCUCCUGUACUCUCAGGCCGCUAUGGCCUUGGCCCUGUUCCCCAUUUGGAUGGGCUACUUUUAUGUUCUUAUUAUUCUGUAAUAAAAGUUUAUUCUUUUGGUCUAA